AGCUGGCCGGCGAGGUUUAGUUCAUGGGUUAUUCUUGGAUGGGCGGGGUCAUAGCAGGGGGCGGUGCCAAUUGGGCGGGCGGGGUCAGCACGCGGGUGGUAAUACGGUGGGCGGGGUCAAGCCGAGGGGCGGGGCUUAGCGCUGCAUUGGCUGUGGCGGAGCUGAACAGGCGGGGCCGCCGCUGGUGGGCGGGGCCGCCGCUGGUGGGCGGGGCCGGCCGAGGGACCCCGGGAUCCCCCCCGACCCCCGGGGCCCCCCGACACCGCUCCCGAUGUGUCUUCCAGGAGGAGCUGCGGCCGCGCGCCCUCGACAUCCCCAUGGCUCGCCUGACCGUGUCCUACAGCCGGAGCAGCGGCCCCGGCGGGCAGAACGUUAAUAAAGUGAACUCCAAGGCAGAGGUUCGGUUCCACCUGGCAUCGGCCGACUGGAUUCCCGAAGCUGUGAGACAAAGAAUGGCUCUGAUGCACAGGAAUAGGAUAAACCGGGCCGGUGAGCUGAUUGUGACCUCGGAGGAGAGUCGCUACCAAAUGAGGAAUCUGGCGAUUUGUCUGGAGAAAAUCCGGACCAUGGUCACGGAGGCGACUGAGAAACCCAAGGUGGUGUCUAAGGAGACAACGCAGAAACUCAUAGAGAGGGUGGAAAAAAUGAACCGUGAACGGCUACGACAGAAGAAAAUACACUCAACCAUAAAACAGAGCAGGAAGGCAGAUUUCGACUGAGAGCAGCAGAGAUCCAAGCCCUUGGCAUUCCAUCUUCCUAAAGAAGUGGUGUUGGCAGCUGUUAAUGAUGCUAAACUCAUGAGCUGUAUUGAAUAAAAAUAGCCUGAAAGUGUAAA